GCAUACGGCGUAACCAUUCUAUCUAUAAUCGUAGGCACCGGGUGGUGAUCUUUUAUCACACUCGUGAUUUCCUUCUCUUUUAUUUUCUCAUUCUUGAUUCUAAUUUCUACCCAGUACCUAAGAAGUAACGUAUACGAAAAUACAAUUUACAACGAUACACGUUGAAUUUCGUUAACAAAUUAUUAAUAAAAUGACUGAAAGUGAAACUGGUAACUCUGAAAGUCCAUUUCAGGACUUGGACGUUGACCGAUUAGAAGUUAAUGUAAUUGAGAGCUUGUGUUUUGAGUGUGGAAAAAAUGGAAUUACAAGAUUGUUACUGACACGCAUACCAUUCUAUAAGGAAUUGGUAAUAUCUUCAUUUGAGUGCCCUCACUGUGGCUAUAAAAACAAUCAACUGGACCCAGCUAUUGAGAUCAAACCUCAAGGUGUACGUUUAACUUUGAGCGUAGAGGAAAAAGCUGAUUUGGAUAGGUAUGUGAUUACCACAGACUAUACAUGUGUACGGGUGCCUCAACUAGAAUUUGAAAUCCCAUCAAUGUCACAAAAAGCACAAGUUACUACUGUUGAAGGUGUUAUAGACAAGACAGUUGUAAAUUUAAGCCAUCAAAAAGAUCAGCUGUUUGAAACAAAUGCUGAAUUUGCUUCAAAGAUUGAUGAAGUUAUUAAUGGUUUGAAUAGUAUUAAAAGUCUUAACAAACCUGUUAUAAUGAGUUUUGAAGAUGCUACUGGUAACUUGUUUAUUUCAAAUCCAAAUGCACCUCAAGCUGAUCCUAGAAUGCAUUCGAUCGCCUUUACUCGCAAUAAUGAACAAAACACAAUGAUUGGCUUAGCUGCAGAAAAUACUCAAGAUUCUAUGAUUAAACCAUUGGGUAGUUUUAAUGAUGAGGCUGUCAAUAAUAUUAACGAUGAGGUUGUACAAUUUAACGGCCCGUGCCCAAAUUGUACGCAGAUGUGUGAUACAAAUAUGAAAGUAACAGACAUUCCAUAUUUUAAACAAGUUGUAAUAAUGGCAACAAAUUGCGACCAAUGUGGCUAUAGAACUAAUGAAGUAAAACCUGGUGGUGGUAUAGAAGAUCAAGGUGUUUUAAUCAAGGUUAAAGUUACAGCCCCAGAAGAUUUAAACCGGGAUAUUCUUAAGUCAGAAACUUGCGAUCUUCUAAUUCCAGAUUUGGAGUUUGAAGCUGGUGCACUAUCAUUAAGUGGCCGCUUUACUACUAUUGAAGGACUACUAACUUCUUUACAAGACCAAUUGAGUAAGACGGCUUCUACUUUCUAUAAAGGUGAUAGUCAGACUGGGGAAGUAGCUUUAAACACAGAAGUUUUUUUAGACAAAUUAGAAAAAAUUAAAAAAUGUGAAAUGCCUGUAGACAUAUUACUCAGAGAUCCAGCUGGAAAUAGUUAUGUUCAGAGUCUAACACCUCCGACUUUGGAUCCAAAGCUGACUAUCACAAAAUUCGAUAGAACUGAAGAGCAAAAUGAAGAACUUGGAUUAAAUGAUAUGAAGGUAGAUGGAUAUGGGGAAAAAUAAUUGUACUUAUGUAAUAACAAUAAUUAUUGAAGAAUAAAAUAUAUAGAUUAUUAUAAAAAUA